UAUACAUCUGAUCAUGGAAGGAACUUCUAAAAGCGAUGGUGCCGCUGAGCCGAGUGUUGCUGCUCAGGUACCUUUCCUCCACCUCUGCACAACUUUAGAGAAAAUCCAGAAGUCCAAACUCCGUCCAGAUAAAUCCAAGAUCCUUGGGGAUUUCAUUAAAUCAUGGCGGGAAUUUCAUGCUGCACUCCACAAGGACGACCCAAAAACGACAGACUCCUUCUACCCUGCUAUGCGCCUUAUUGUGCCCCCGUUUGAACGAGAGAGAAUGGCUUACGGCAUCAAAGAGAGCAUGCUGGCUAAGCUCUAUAUUGAUGUUUUAGGACUCCCAAAGAAUGGCCCCGAUGCCAGUAAGCUGCUGAACUACCGCGCUCCGACCACAUCCCAAGGAGAGGCUGGGGACUUUGCUGGCAUGGCGUACUUUGUGCUAAAGAAACGAUGUACCAGCCAAGGAAACCUCAGUAUCAAAGAGGUCAAUGACUUUCUAGACUCGGUGGCCAUCAAUAAUGCCAGCAAGCAGAAGGAUCUGGUGAAAAAAAGCCUGCUGCAUCUUAUCACUCAAAGCUCUGCUCUGGAGCAAAAGUGGCUCAUUAGAAUGAUUCUGAAGGACAUGAAGCUCGGAGUUAGCAAAGAAACCGUGCUCCAGGUCUUCCACCCGGACGCCGCGGAGCUCUACAACGUCAACACCGACUUAAAGAAAGUGUGCCAACAGCUGCACGACCCCUCUGUGUCUUUAAGCGACGUCUCGAUAGAACUCUUCUCUGCUUUCAAGCCCAUGCUGGCGGCGGUGGCUAACAUCCGCAACGUAGAGAAGCAGAUGGGAAACAGCCCCUUUUUCCUUGAGACAAAGCUCGACGGCGAGCGGAUCCAGCUGCACAAGGACGGGGACGUGUACAAGUACUUCAGCCGGAACGCUUUCGAGUACACGCAGCAGUUUGGAGGAUCGCCGCUCGAGGGGUCGCUCACUCCUUACAUCCACAACGUCUUUAAAAGCAACAUCGUCAACUGCAUCCUGGACGGCGAGAUGAUGGCGUACAACCCGGUGGCAGAGACCUUCAUGCAGAAAGGGAGCAAAUUUGACAUUAAGAGACUGGUGGACGACUCCGAGCUGCAGACGUGCUUCUGUGUGUUUGACGUGUUGCUGGUCAAUAACCAAAAGCUCGGCAAAGAACCCCUGAAGAAGCGGUAUGACACCCUUCAGACCAUUUUCACGCCUGUCAAGGGGCGGAUACACGUGGUGCCGAAGACAGAAGUCAGAACCAUGCAAGAGGUGGUUGGUGCUCUCAAUGACGCUAUCGAUAAGAGGGAGGAAGGGAUCAUGGUGAAGGACCCUCUUUCCAUCUAUAAACCUGAUAAACGAGGUGAGGGCUGGCUAAAGAUAAAGCCGGAAUACAUGGAUGGCUUGAUGGAUGAGCUGGACUUGCUGAUUGUCGGUGGUUACUGGGGGAAAGGAAGACGAGGAGGGAUGAUGUCCCACUUUCUAUGCGCUGUGGCCGAAGCGCCAAAGCCUGGUGAGAAACCAUCGGUCUUCCACUCCUUCUGCCGCAUUGGCUCAGGUUACACUAUGAAAGAGUUGUAUGACCUGGGGUUAAAGCUGGCGAGGCACUGGAAAGUCUACCGGAAGAACGACCCGCCAGCAUCCAUCCUCUGCGGAGCAGAGAAACCAGAAGUCUACAUCGAACCCUGCAACUCGGUCAUCAUCCAGGUCAAAGCGGCUGAGAUCGUCGGCAGCGACAUGUACAAGACCAAUUGCACUCUGCGCUUCCCCAGAAUCGAAAAGAUCCGCGAGGACAAAGAGUGGCACCAGUGCAUGACCCUGGCAGAGCUGGAUCAGUUCCGCGGCAAGGCAUCGGGGAAGCUGGCUUCGCGCCACCUCCGCAUUGACGACGACAGCGAACCGCAGAAGAAGAAGAGGAAGCUGCCCGUCAAACCUAAGAAGGUGAUCGGCGUCGUCGAUCACUUUAGGCCCCAGGACCUGUCUGGGGUUUCCAAGGAGACGGAUAUGUUUGAGGAUGUGGAGUUCUGCAUCCUGAACGGCACUGAGGAUCACCCAAAGUCCGAGCUGGAGAAGGGCGUGGCCAGGUGUGGAGGUAUCGUAGUUCAGAACCCAGGGCGGGACACCUACUGCGUGAUCGCUGGGGUGGAGAACAUGCGCGUGAAGAACCUGAUUUCAUCGAACCAGCACGACGUGGUUUGGGCCUCCUGGCUGCUGGAGUGCCUGGACCAGAAGGAAGUGGUGCCAUGGCAACCCCGCCACAUGAUCCACAUGUCUCCCUCCACCCGGGAACAUUUCGCCAAGGAGUACGACAGCCACGGCGACAGCUACUUCGUGGACACGGACGAGCAGCAGCUGCGGGAGGUGUUCGGCAGGAUCAACGCGGUGCAGGCUGUCAAUCCGGCGCAGGUGGAGGAGCGCUACGGCUGGGAGGACCUCCCCACCAGCAUGUUCAGACCGUUCACCAUUUACUUAGACGUGUUUGCCAACAUCGGAGAUCCAGAAAGCGCCGUAGCGGCUACCGGUCUGGACAUCAGGGCGCUGGAGUUUCGGUACCACGGAGGGACGGUGGUGCAGACGUUGGAGGAAGGCGUUUCAUACGUGGUUGUUGAGAACGAGACCAGAAUUCUGGAUCUGAGGACUCUGAGACGCCGCUUUAGGAAGAAGUUUAAGAUCGUAAAAGAUUCCUGGGUGACGGACUCUAUCAAAGCAGGUUAUCUGAUGAGUGAUGCUGAUUACUUAGUGUGAGGUUAAACCAGUUUACAUUUCAGCUGGUAUUUUAAAUUAUUUCUUAUUUUAAUACAAAUAAAUGUAGAAUAUUAAAUUGAUCUGUAAAUGUGCUUGUCGGGGUUUAAUUUAAAACAUUUAAAUUUGUGGUUUUUAAUGAUACAGAA